AAAUCAAGAGAAUUGUUGGAUGUUGUGGCGUGGUUAAAUAGUAAAGUGUUGGAACUAAUUAGAGAAAGAAAAAAAGAAAUUGAGAAAGCCGAUCCAGAUGAAGAAUUAAGUGCUGAUAUGUUAACUUUAUUAUUAACAAUUAAUACAAAUCGAGAUCCUAAAUAUGUAAAAACAACCGAUAAAGAUAAUUUGAUUGACGCUAGACCUAUGAGUGAAGAUGAAGUUCGUGAAAAUGUUUAUGAAAUCAUGGGAGGCGGAAUUGAUACGACCGCAAAUACAUUUUGUUACGUAGUUUACUAUCUUACACAUUAUCCUGAAGUUAGACAAAAAAUGUUACAAGAAAUGGAAAAGAUUCUUGGUAAAGAUAUGAAUCGUGAAAUUACAUAUGAAGAUUUAAAUAAGUUGAAUUAUUGCGGAGCAAUCAUCAAAGAAGUUUCGCGUUUAAUGCCAACGGUUUCGGUUUUAUUUCGCGUAUCAGCAAAACCUGAUGAAAUCGCAGGUUAUAAAUUUCUUGCAAAUACGCAAUUCUUUAUAAAUGUACCUGCUAUACAAAUGCACCCUUCUCAUUGGAACCAACCAGAAAAAUUCGAUCCUGAUCGUUUUAUGGAUAGUGAACAACAAAUUCCAAAGAACGCCUUACUUCAUUUUGGUGGAGGCGCGAGAGUUUGUAUGGGCAAACAACUGGCAAUAUUACAGUUGAAAGCAUUGAUGGUUUUAUUAUAUAGAAAAUAUGAUGUGGAAUUGAUGGACAUGAGCGGAGGUAUAAAGUAUUCUUCAACGGUUGUGAAUCAUUGCGAAGAAUUGCCUGUAAAAAUAAAAGUAAAACAUUCCGCUUAAGAAAUAACGUAUUUUCUAAUAACGUGCCAACGUAAAAAAUAAAUUUCAUCUAUUUAUUUUAUUUAUUUGUAAAUUGUAUAUC